AUUCUCAUUCUUCUCUCUUUUAGUAGCUAUUUCUAUCUUUAUCUCUGAAACAAAAAAUUUCCCAAAUCUCAAAACCCUAAUUCGAAAAUCAACCAUGGGAAACACAGAGAAGCUUCUGAAUCAGAUCAUGGAAUUGAAAUUCACCUCAAAAUCUCUUCAACGCCAAGCAAGAAAAUGCGAAAAAGAAGAGAAAUCCGAAAAACUGAAGGUGAAAAAAGCAAUCGAAAAAGGUAACAUGGACGGUGCACGAAUCUACGCUGAAAACGCGAUCCGAAAACGUACGGAGCAGAUGAACUACCUCCGAUUGUCCUCCCGAUUGGACGCCGUAAGUGCUCGUCUCGAUACACAGGCGAAGAUGUCUACGAUCAGCAAAUCGAUGGGGAAUAUUGUGAAAUCGUUGGAAUCGUCCUUGGCAACGGGGAAUUUGCAGAAGAUGUCGGAGACGAUGGAUCAAUUCGAGAAGCAGUUUGUGAAUAUGGAGGUUCAAGCUGAGUUUAUGGAAAGUGCUAUGGCGGGAUCGACUUCCCUUUCAACUCCGGAAGGGGAGGUUAAUAGUUUGAUGCAACAGGUGGCGGAUGAUUAUGGUUUGGAAGUUUCUGUCAAUCUUCCGGUGGCGGCUGCUCAUGCUGUUCCGGUUAAGGAGAAGGAUGCUGAGAAGGUUGAUGAGGAUGAUUUGUCAAGGCGUCUUGCUGAGCUUAAAGCUAGAGGUUAAUGUAAUGCUGUUCUUGCUUGAAGAAUGAAGAAGAAUCCACUCUUUGUUAUUAUAUACUAUUGGUAUUAUGUUAUAAUUUCGUACUUUUGAAGAGUGGUUUUGUGUAUAAUUAACUGAAUUUCGCUGGUUCCGUUUAACAUUUAAGAUAUAAUGUUAUGUUUGUGUGUAGACUUUGGUUAUAUGUUUAUAUUUGAUUGCUUCUUUUGUUC